AUGGAAGUGGUCUCUUACCAGGAGCAGCAGGUGAUGAUGCACAAAGAAGACCCAAUGGACAUACAGGAGACAUCUAAUUUGGGGAUUGAACUGAUGGGCAAAGCUGGAGAUGAAGAGAAGCCUUGGCAGGAGUUUUUAGAAGAGGUACGAAAUUCCUGGGUGCCAACCUGCCUAUGGCAACCUAGAAUUCUCCAGGGCAGGCUCGCAAAAUCUUCACCUACUCUCUGGGACAGUACUUUGCAAGAACAGAAGGGGGAAUUACGAAAGCGCCUAUCGUACACUACCCAUAAGCUGGAAAUGCUUGAAACAGAGUUUGACUCUACACGUCAGUAUCUUGAAAUAGAAUUGAGACGUGCUCAGGAGGAACUUGAAAAAGUAACUGAAAAGCUGAGAAGGCAGGUGAUUACUCCCCUGAAGACAUAUCAUAAUGGAAGCCAAAAAUAUUUUACGAGGAUACAAAACAAUUACCUAGCCUUACAAAGAAUUAAUCAGGAUCUGGAGGAUAAACUUUACAGAAUGGGUCAACACUACGAAGAGGAAAAACGGGCUUUGAGCCAUGAAAUAAUUGCACUCAAUAAUCACUUAAUAGAAGCCAAGGUGACAAUAGAUAAGUUGUCAGAAGACAAUGAGCUCUACAGGAAGGACUGCAAUUUAGCUGCUCAGCUUCUCCAGUGCAGCAAGAACUAUGACAGGGCACAUAAACUUUCAGAGUUGCCAACUGACUUUCAGGAAAGAGUCAGCAUCCACCUGGAGAAACACGGGUGCAGCCUUUCUGUCCCCUUGUGCCACACUUCCUAUGCUGAUACCAUACCCACUUGUGUCAUUGCCAAAGUACUGGAAAAACCAGACCCACACAGCUUGUCCUCACACUUGUCAAGCCCAUCCACGAGGGAUCUCAAUUUUCAGGACUCUGCUGGAAAAGUCGGACAAAGACCCCAGUACAAGUCCGACAUCUACUGCAGUGACACAGCUCUUUACUGCCCCGAGGAGAGGAGGAGGGAGAGGAGGCAGAGCGUGGACACACAGGUGAAAGACGUGGGGUUCCUGCGGUCCCAAAACUCCACGGACAGCACUGUGGAAGAAGAUGGUUUCCAUUCCAGCUUCUCCCACGAAGCCUUCCCAGAGUACAUUACCUCUCUUCCAACCUCCAGCUCCUACUCCAGCUUCAGCGUCACGUCUGAGGAGAAGGAGAAUGCCCAGGCCAACACUCUGACAGCCUCCCAGCAGGCGAUCUACAUGAGCAACCGAGACGAGCUGUUUGAAAGGAAGUCCCCCGCGGGUUACGAGCAUCAGGGGAGCCCCAGGUUUGCCAAGCCCAAACCCGCGCAGCACAUGGAGCUUGCUGACGACAACGAGAACUCACCCACUUUUACCAGGACUCUGCCUCCAUAUGCAAACGAACCUUUUCAUUUCUCAGCCAUAACACCACAGCAGGCUUUGGCAAACCAGAAAAUGAGGAAUGAGUGCAGGAGCACCCACCUCUCAGAAGAAGACUUGCCAGGGCGAUGGAGGCAGCUGAGUGUGGAGGACAUUGGAGCGUACUCCUACAGGAAUGCUGGCAGGCUGUCUCCCUGCAGCUUCUCAGAGCAGUACUACAGCAGCCCCAUCAAGAAGGGGGACAGUCGAACAAGCCCCAUCUAUGCUAGUUACAAAGCAGACAGCUGCUCAGAGGGAGAUGACAUCUGCCAAAGCAGACUUGUGGAUUCUUGCUUCCUGAGAACAGACAGUGGCCUGAACAUUGACAUCAGCACAAGCUGUAAACAGGACAAAUUGCCCACUUACAAAACAAAAGAAUCAAGAGACCAAAAAAACGAAAGGAUCACUGUCCAGUUAUGCAGUAGCAAAAACAUCGAAAACAGCCAAGUAUUGAAAAGAGAAUACGUGGACGUGAGCCCCAACAGCUCAGCAGAGUCACUCAAUCAGAGUUCAGUGGAGGCUCCAGAAAUCCACCAGUCUUCCAUGGAUCAAGGAAGCCAUUCGGGUGUUCACAGCAAACAGCCGCAGUUCCAGAGGACUGGGAGCACUGGUCUGAGUCGGAAGGACAGCCUUACAAAAGCACAGUUAUACGGAACCCUUCUGAACUAG